AUGGCUACCAAUAAUGGCGAAGAUUUUCCUGAAGAUUUAAUCAGAGAAAUUCUACUUAGAUUGCCUGUGAAGUCAUUGUUGAGGUUCAAACGCAUCUGCAAAAACUGGUACACUCUUAUUAAAAAUCCUAGCUUCAUCCGUGAACACUUGAAUUUUAGCAAGAACAAUCCCCCACAACUCUUGAUUUAUGAUUAUGGUGCACCCGGUGAUUUCCCUCCCAUCACUUUCAUUUCCGAUUAUGGUAUAGAUGCUCCUACACAUGAAGUAAAUCCCCAAAGUUUUGAAGGUAUGACAAACCUCUUAGGUUCUCUCGAUGGCUUGUUUUUCUUGGAAAGAGAAAUUAAUAAUGAUGUCUUGUGUGCAUUGUGGAAUCCUGCUACUAGGGAGGUGAGAGACCUCCUUAGUGCAGUCGGAAUCAAAUUUGAAUCAUUUUUCAAUUCUAAUCAGGUUUUUGGAUUUGGAUUAGAUGUAUUAACUAACGACUAUAAAGUGGUUUACUAUAAUUGCAAGAAUAAAAAUGCAACUGUGUAUUCAUGUUCUAGGGAUUCAUGGAGAAUAUUCAAACAUGAAAAUGUCUGCGACAAUCGAAAUGUUGAAUAUGUGGAUACCUUUUAUGGUAGUACUACUUAUCUAAAUGGAUCUUAUUACUGGAUGUUAAGGAAAAAUAUCAAUUUCAACUUUACUUUCAAAUUCCUUUCAUUCAACUUUGGGAAUGAGGUGUUUGAAGUGAUUGAAGGGCCGCCACAUGAUUGUGCUAUUCGUAGUUGGACUGCAGAUCUAAUGAUUCUUGAUGGUUCCAUUGUCAUUUUGAAUGAAGUUGACAUGUUCAUUUAUUAUGUAUGGUUUAAGCAGAAAGGUCUGGAGUCGGCAGAGGGAAGAUUGUCAAAACUCCGACAAAUUACCACCGUCUCAGAUCUGCAAGGACGAUUUGAAGCCAUCGCAAAUGACACUGAUGAUAUUUCUGAUAGGUCUAUGCUUCACCUCUUUAUCUCUGGAUUGAGAGAGGACAUUAAAAACUCAGUACUCAAUCAUGAGCCAAAAACGUUUGAUGAGGCCCUUAAGUAG